AUGAGCUCGACGGCCGUCCAUAAACUUCCGAAAGUUUUGAUGCUCCAUGGGUCAAUACAGUUGAGCACAAAUAUCGCUUGCCAGGAGGCGCUUCUGCUUGAUGCAUUAGAGGAGAAUGGACACAAAACUGACUCCCGAAUUUAUGCUGUUCUUUUCCCAGCACAGAAUGCGUCCAUCUUCUCCAAACGACUAGCCGCCGUCCGCAAGGCGUGUCAAGGGCAUUGCGAAAUGGUGUUUGUCGAUGCUCCUCUUGUGAUCGAAGUACCCGACCCCACCAACAACUCCCUGAGCCAAUUCGAUUCAGCGGCCGUUGCUAAUCACACACCAGAGACUGACCCCGCCUUGAUACCUAGAGCAUGGUGGAGAAGCAAAGAGAUCGAGGAUGGUGAAAACGGAACCCGAAAGAUCUACGAAGGCUUUGACGAAUCGAUGCAAUUCAUCAGGCGUGUAAUCGACGAUCAAGGUCCAUUUGACGCCUGUUUCGGAUUUUCUCAAGGUGCCGCGCUGGCCGGCAUCAUAAGCUCGAUUCUAGAACACCCGUCUUUGCAUACCGCUUUUUCUGUGCCCCCGUUGACGGCUCAGAAGCCAUUUAAAGCAGCUAUCUUAGUUUCAGGAUUCCAGCUUCACCAUCCCCCGGUAUGGCAUAGUAACAGUGACGGCACACACACCAAGUUGAACACUCGAAGCUUGCAUGUGAUCGGCAAGACUGAUGUGAUCGUUGGAGAAGAUCGAAGCCAGUCGCUAGUCGACGUGUUUACUAACCCGCGAGUUGAACGGCACGACGGUGGUCAUUUCGUACCCUCCAAGAAAAACUGGCGUGAUUUCUUUGCACUCUAUAUGCAGAGUCUCGACCAAGCAGACGAGUCGCUCGUCCUCAGUCCUGGUCAGGUCGGCAACACUAUAGACGGCGGGGCCAAAUUUUGA